AUGAUGAGAGAAGUUCUGCUGCUCCUUGCUUGGUGCCUUUUUUACCCCCUGAUUGUCUCCACGGAGGCAAGUUCGACGUACAAUGCAUCUCUUCCAUUCCGACCAAGCAAUGUGACAGGUCUCAGUGAUAUCUACCUUUGGGUUGGAUCAUAUUACAAUGCCACAACGAAGAUAGAGUUCACACCAGAGAUCGGAUCGACCACCAACACAUCAGUAUGCUCAAAUCUUCAAGGUCAAAGAUUCACUACAGAAUUUCAAUCUAUCCUCGCUAUCACCGAAAGAGGCCCUUAUAAUAUCGGCUCGAAUCCAGUAAACGCGCUUUUGACUCUCUGGAACUCUGGUACAGACUUUUCAUCGGUUCUAAACAUCUCCGACACGUCUCCAUGGUCCUCAUCAGCCCUUCGAUGGUAUCUCGAGUCUGCCCCCUGGGUGAUUUAUGCGAAGAAUUCCACGACUCAAAGUGACUCGCCCUACGAUUCCGUCAAUGAUAUAUUCAACUUGACGUUAUCGCGCGACACUAGGGACGCUCCAUAUAAUAUAACAGGGACUAUUAAGAACGCAGAUAUGAUGCUAGAUACGUUCGAAAUGGACUUAGAGUCGUGUAAUACUGCUAUUGAAACCAAGCAGAAUUCCAUAUCGCUAGUUGAUCGCGACUGGUCUAAUAAUGCUGGCUGGAACUGGACAUACCCAGUAGUUGACCUACAAUUCGACAGCCGAACCGCAAAUUUCACUCUGAAUGGAUAUGCCGCUGGCCUUCCGUAUCGGAUUUCCUAUACCGAGGGUGGCCAAAAUAUACAAUUUGGCCCAGAUGAGGUACAGGGCAAGAUUAAGAUUUCCUACUUCGGGGUCAUCGAUCUCUACCACUCGGAUAUCCUGGUCAAUACCAGCGCGACGCCAACCUGGGUCGUCGUCGUCGUCAUCAUUGAGCAUGGUGAUGUUUGUGAUGACACGUCCGUAGAGAGAGCCGAGAUUCUCUUCGACAUCAAGCUGGUCGCGGGUGGUGAUAAGCGUGCCGGGGGCAAUAAGACAGAGGUUCACUCAUCCGGUGUUCUUCUUAGUCCCGGAUAG